CUUAGUGCAACUCCUCCUUUCUUACUGCUGGGAAGGAAACUACAUGAACAGCUGUGAAGACAUCAGGAGAAUUAAAUUCACAGUCACGGGCAUUGCGAGCCAUCAGGCCUUCUUAUGAGCGAUAAUAGGGAGGAAGAGCAAUUACCGGGGAAGGGAAUUAAGGACACAAUCUGGAGCAGGAGCAGCGGGGGCGACUGCUGAAGAUUUUUUUUCGAGUAUCGUCUUUUUUUUACGGAGCUUCAGGUAAACGAGAGACAGAAUCUGCGGUAAGACAAAGCAUGGCUUUCACCAUGCUCCGAUCAUUGCCCACGCACGUCGUGUACCCGGACUUUUCUAUGAUGUCUGAGGACGAGGAGAAUAGGAGCGAGAGCGACAAUUCCGACCAGUCGUUUGAAUGCUACGACUCAGAAAAGAGGAUGAAGGUGUCUCGGAAAACCGGGCAGGUGGUGGUGGUGAAGCAGAGGCAAGCGGCCAAUGCCAGGGAAAGGGAUCGGACACAAAGUGUUAACAGCGCCUUCACUGCCCUUCGCACGCUGAUACCCACAGAGCCGGUGGACAGGAAGCUCUCCAAGAUAGAGACUCUACGCUUGGCAUCUAGCUACAUCUCCCACCUGGCUAACGUGCUGCUGACAGGGGAGGGCUGCGAAGAUGGGCAGCCGUGUUUCAGUACGGUAUACAGACCCCGGGACGAGUCGGAGGGAAGACUGCCACGCAGCAUUUGCACGUUCUGUCUUAGCAACCAAAGGAAAGGGGCCUCUAGGAGGGAUCACGCCGGGGGCUGCCUUAAGGUUCGAGGACUGAACACAAUACGGAUUCCACAAAGAUGAUCGUUGCUUUUCCCCAGGACUAAAAGGAGGAAAAGAAGCAAUACAAGGCCCGAUAAUUUAAUUUUCUACUAAAGACAGAAAAAUAAAAAUUAGAAGGACCAACAAGGUGGCCGAGAGCCGCGGCUAAACCAGAGCAGAGCUGGUCACGUUAUCUCUGAAUGUUGCUAUAUGUGGGAGAACCUGAGCGAGUUGGGGUACAGCUGUCUUGAAACUGGGGGAGGGGAAAACACAUCACGAUAAAGGUCUGGAACUUUUAUAUCACAUUUGGGACAAAAGAUUUCUGGGUCACCAACCCCUGGAAGACUAUGUGAAAUAGAAAAUAUUUGUACAUAAGUUCACCAAAUUUAUAGAUUUUUUUAAUUAAAAUAACAUUAUUAAAAUGUG